AUGGGAUUACCACCAUGGGAGACAAGUGAAAGUCAGACUUUUGCUUUGAUAACAGGCGCAAACAGCGGUCUAGGUUUUGCCGUUGCUUCCAGAUUAAUCGAUGAAUUCCUGACUUCAUCCGAUACUCCUCCUACUAAACAUUUAAUUCUUAUCCUUUGCACACGUACACCGCUGAAGACACGAUUCACAAUCUCUCGCUUGCGUGCCCAUCUACGAAAACUGGUCGACUACUCUAAAUUCGCAGAUUCACAACGAGCGAGAGCUAAGUCUCAGGGAAAUGUAUAUAGAUGGCAGGACAUGGUUGCUCGAGUCCAUUUUCUUGGGGUUGAAGUCGACUUGUGUGACUUGAAAAGUGUAUAUGCCCUUACCGAUAGGCUUAUCAAUGGAACUAUUGGUAGCCCAGAUGCUACAACAAUGGAUGGUCUCCGAUUACCCGAAGGCUCUCCUGGUACCUCCACUUAUUCCGCAGAUGUUAAACAAGAUAGAUGGGCAUUGAGCCAGAAGGAAGGGUCUGAUGGCGAGCAAAGAUCUUGGGGGUGGGGAUUGAGCGGAAUUAGGAUACCAAGGUUGGAUGUCGUAGUCUUGAACGCAGGGAUAGGAGGAUGGUCAGGAAUCGAUUGGCCAAAGGCUAUAUGGACUGUCUUGACAGAUAUGACGGAAGCUGUAACAUGGCCAACUUACAAGCUUGCGGAAGUUGGAGCUAUAACCAAACCUCAACUAUCCUCUGCCUCUCCAAAACAAGCCAAACCCUCGGAUGAUGAAGCUACGCAGCCUUUAAUCAACGGCGAAACUCCAGAAGAGCCACUUCUCGGGGCAACAUUUUGUUCUAACGUUUUUGGACAUUAUAUUCUCGCACACGAAUUGAUGCCUUUACUAUCACGAACAUCUUCUCCUUCGGCCACUACCAGCGGAAGAAUAAUAUGGGUAUCUAGUAUCGAGGCACAAGCACAACAUUUUGAUGAAGAUGACCUACAAGGUUUGGAAAGCCACAAGCCAUACGAAAGCUCCAAGCGUCUUACAGAUGUUCUCGUCCUUUCAAGAAAACUACGAGCAGCAGGCAAAGCCUCCUCUUCAUGGUUCGAUUGUUCCGACGUUCACGUGGAGGACCCUCAAUCGGAGGGAGAACCGCCAGCGAAAUUGAUAAAACCUAAAAUGUACGUGGUUCAACCUGGAAUUUUCGUUUCGGAAAUCCUGCCAUUGAAUUUCUUGUUGGUAUUUAUCUACAGAUGGAUCUUCUACCUUGUAAGAUGGAUGGGAAGCCAAUGGCAUACCAUUGAACCUUACACUGCUGCUGUAGCACCGGUCUGGGUAGCAUUAUCUCCCGACGAUGUUCUAGAUAACAUGGAUGGGACAGCUUCGAAAUGGGGAUCGGCUACAGAUGCAAGUGGGAAGGAACGUGUUAUACGAACCGAAGUUCCUGGUUGGGGAUGGGAAGGCAAAACUCCAAAGACGAUUGAUACUGGGGAGAGAAGAAAAGGGAGACAAAGAGAUGCGGUACCAUUGACAAGGGAAGCGAGAGAAGAUUUUGAGGUCUUGGGUGUUAAGUGUUGGACGGAGAUGGAGAAUUUGAGGAAGGAAUGGGAGGGACUUUUGAAAGUUAAGAAAUGA